UUGGACCAAUAGUCAUCCAAGGUGUACGCAAGCGCAAACCCCGCGUUGGAAAAUGGAAAACGGCAGGUUGGAGCCUUUGAAAAUGGAGCCCCCCGAAUUGGUAAAGGAGGCCGAGGAGGCUGAAGAGCAGACCAAGUCUUUGACGACGGCUGAAGACCUGCUGGCAUUGGUGAAAAGACUGCAGAAAGAGGGAAGCCUAGAGCCACAGAUUAAAGACCUGAUUAACCGGAUUAAUGAGCUUCAGCAAGCAAAGAAGAAAUCCAGUGAGGAACUGGGAGAAGCCCAAGCUCUCUGGGAGACCCUGCAUAGGGAACUGGACUCCUUGAAUGGAGAGAAAAUGCAUCUUGAGGAGGUCUUGAGCAAGAAGCAAGAGGCACUGAGGAUCCUCCAGCUACACUGCCAAAGGAGGGAACGUGGAGCUCAGAAGAAGAGCACGUUGCAGGAGUUCACAGAGCAAAUUUCAAUCCCUAACUCUCAGGUCACAGAGAACUGCACAAAGAAGCAGCUGGGGUUACACGUUGAAGAACAGCUGGAGACUGUGAUGGGCCAGCACAAGGACCUCUGGGAAUUCCACGUGUUGAAGCAGCGACUGGCCUGGGAGAUACGCGCCCUGCAGAGCAGCAAGGAGCAGUUGCUCACUGAAGAGAAACUGGCGCGGGCCAAGCUAGAGGAGGUGGAGCUGCAGCUGAGUUCGCCACCCAAGGUCCGGGAUGCCCGGGCAGUGAACGAUGGGCUGAGGGCGGAGCUGGAGAAAUUCGGGGGCCAGGGUUCUGCCCAAAUUCAUUGCACGCCAAAGGACGGGGCCUCCAAAAGAGAGGCCGGCCCCGAGCGCCCCGGCGCCCUCAGCGAGGACCUGGAGCCGCCCCCAGAGCAAUAGGACCCUCCCGAAGCUCCUCACCCCUACCCGCUUCGAGGCGGGCGGAGAAAUAAAGGCGAGGAUUUCGGACCUUC